CGGCGCGAGGCGCGGUCGUUGCGCUUCUCCGCCGCAAUGGCGGCCCCGUUGCUUCACACGCGACUUCACGGAGAUGCGGCCGCUUCGGCCUCAGCGGUCCAGACGCUGGGCGCCUCGAGGACUGGGCUUUCAAAUAUGCUUGCAUUAGAGAAUGAUUUCUUCAAUUCUCCUCCGAGAAAAACUGUUCGAUUUGGUGGCACUGUGACAGAAGUCUUAUUGAAGUACAAAAAGGGUGAAACAAAUGACUUUGAGUUGUUGAAGAACCAACUGUCAGAUCCAGACAUAAAGGAUGACCAGAUCAUUAACUGGCUGUUAGAAUUCCGUUCCUCCAUCAUGUACUUGACCAAAGAGUUUGAGCAGCUUAUCAAUAUUCUAUUGAGAUUGCAGUGGUUGAACAGAAGUCACAUGGUGGUAGAGGAGUAUUUGGCUUUUCUUGGUAAUCUUGUGUCAGCACAGACUGUCUUCCUUAGACCAUGUCUCAGCAUGAUUGCUUCUCAUUUUGUACCUCCCCGAGUGGUCAUUAAGGAAGGUGACGUAGAUGUCUCAGAUUCUGACGAUGAAGAUGAUAAUCUUCCUGCAAAUUUUGACACUUGUCACAGAGCUUUGCAAAUAAUAGCCAGAUAUGUUCCAUCGACACCGUGGUUUCUUAUGCCAAUACUGGUGGAAAAAUUUCCCUUUGUUCGAAAAUCAGAGAGAACAUUGGAAUGUUAUGUUCAUAACUUACUAAGAAUUAGUGUGUAUUUUCCAAACUUGAGGCAUGAAAUUCUAGAACUUGUUAUUGAAAAGCUACUCAAGUUGGAUGUGAAUGCAUCCCGGCAGGAUAUUGAAGAUGCUGAGGAAACAGCAGCUCAAACUGGUAGUGGGACAGAUGCCACAGAAGGACUGUUUAACAUGGAUGAAGACGAAGAAGCUGAGCAUGAAACAAAGGCUGAUCCUGAAAGGCUUGAUCAGAUGGUGCAUCCUGUAGCCGAGCGCCUGGACAUCCUGCUGUCUCUGCUUCUGUCCUACAUCAAGGAUGUCUGCUAUGUAGAUGGUAAGAUUGAUAACAACAAAACAAAGGAUUUAUAUCGAGAUCUCAUAACCAUUUUUGACAAACUCCUCUUGCCCACCCACGCCUCCUGCCACGUACAGUUUUUCAUGUUUUACCUCUGUAGCUUUAAACUGGGAUUUGCAGAAGCGUUUUUGGAACAUCUCUGGAAAAAAUUGCAAGAUCCAAAUAAUCCUGCCAUCAUCAGGCAAGCUGCUGGAAAUUAUAUUGGAAGCUUUUUGGCAAGAGCUAAAUUUGUUCCUCUUAUCACGGUAAAGUCAUGCCUAGAUCUUUUGGUUAACUGGCUGCACAUAUACCUUAAUAACCAGGAUUCGGGAACAAAGGCGUUUUGUGAUGUCGCUCUCCACGGACCAUUUUAUUCAGCCUGCCAAGCUGUGUUCUACACUUUUGUGUUUAGGCACAAGCAGCUUUUAAGUGGAAACCUGAAGGAAGGUUUGCGGUAUCUUCAAAGUCUGAAUUUUGAACGCAUAGUAAUGAGUCAGCUAAAUCCUCUGAAGAUUUGCCUGCCCUCCGUAGUUAACUUUUUCGCCGCAAUCACAAGUAAGUACCAGCUGGUCUUCUGCUACACCAUCAUCGAGAGGAACAAUCGCCAGAUGCUGCCGGUCGUCAGGAGCACAGCUGGAGGGGACUCGGUGCACACCUGCACAAACCCACUCGACACCUUCUUCCCCUUUGAUCCUUGUGUGCUUAAGAGGUCCAAGAAAUUCAUUGAUCCUAUUUAUCAGAUAUGGGAAGACGUGAGUGCAGAAGAGCUUCAAGAGUUUAAGAAACCCAUUAAAAAGGAGACGGUGGAAGAUGAAGAUGAUGAUUUUUUGAAAGGUGAAGUUGGGAUUACACCGAGCUCCUUCGACACACAUUUCCGAAGUCCGUCAAGUAGUGUGGGCUCCCCACCUGUCUUAUACCUGCCGGACCAGUCCCCGCUGAUCGCGAGGGUCUGUGAUUGAGGCAUACCUCCCUCCCCGUCGUGCCCUUCAGGCCCAGGGGUCGUGCUGUUGGAGCGCUGUGUUGAACGAGAGCGAGGGCGUGCCUCAGGCAUCUUCCUUUCAACUUAGACCUGCUCUCGUGCCUGAACAGACGUUUCUUUCUCUUUUUUGCUCCUGUGCAGACAACAGGAAAGACUGAAUAUCAUGUGCAAUGUUUUACAGCGGAUGAUAAAUGUCAGAGGCUCGGCUUCUUUAUUUACUGUAUACUCUUGUGUGUGUUACAGCUUUUUGACAUCGUUGUUGUGAAAUUUCUAUCGGCAACAGUCUAUUUUAACAGAUUGCAUUUUUAACGUGGGCUUUUGUCAGAGCCAUAUUCACUGGACUUUGUUGAUAUGAUUUCUUUUGAGUGAAAAACCCUCUAGGACACUAUUUAAAGUUUUUCGAAUGAGUUUAUUUUGGGUACAUUGUUUACCCUGUGCUGUGACUGUCUAUGUGUGUGGGGAUUUCAGUGGUGGAGUGCAGAGAAGAUUGGAGGAUCGUGGGGAGAUGGCCAGAGCUGGUCCUGGAUGCUGAAGGUCGGAGCUGGCACUGAAGGAGAUCUCCAGGGACUUCAGAGACCAGUAAAAGCCUGGAGGGAGGAGAGAGAGGAUUUAGGGAAACAAAAUCAGACAAAUCAUCACUUGUGAGUGUAAAAAUGGAUUUAAAAGACAAGUGGAAUUUCCAGGUGAAUGUAAUUCACACUGACCCAGAAAGGGGUUGGACUUCUGUAAAAAACAGCAUACGGCCUUUCCCCUGAGGCUCCUGAGAGUGCUGUGAGAGCGGGUACUGCUCGUCUGCAGUGGAAUGCUGCACUGGGUUUUUUCUUUUUUAAAACCAGUUGGUCGUUUUGAGAACUGCUUUGUCCAAACGGGAGGUGAGGGGAAUUUUAGGUUAUUUGGUGGAAUGGUUUUGCUGGCAAUAGUAGGCCGAGGCUGCAGCUGUCGUCUCUGUCUGCUGGCUGUCCGUGUCAUGAUUUCAGCCAGUGAAAUGCUCGCGGCGAGGCUCUUUUUGUAUUUUUAUAACCAAACACAGAGAGGAGUCUAAACAACCUCGCUUUAUCACAUUUGUGCAAGCACUGCUAGAGUCUUUUGAAGCUCAUGUGUAUUUUAGCUUCAUUCCUUACUUGGGUACUUUUUUGUUACUCGUGAAAAUGGACAUCCUUCAACAUAUUUAUGCCAUUUUUCCUAUUCUUUAUUUAAAGGCAAGCAGUAUUUUCUUGAUCCUAAGUAUUUUGUAAUGAAAUAUUUUCUCUUUCCCAGGACUUUGUAUGCUCCUGUGUGGUUAUAUUGGUGGCAAUGUAGAGGUUGAAUUUCAGUCUGCAAAGAUGUUUUUUGAAAAUCAAAAUUUUAUUGCAUUAAAAAGUUUUGGAUAUUGAUGAUUUUCUUUUGCUGACUUGGUGAAAAGUCAUUUUAGAACCUUUAGGUUCUUUGUUUUAUUAACUGUUGACAAGAAGGUGGGAUUGUUGUACAUUGGAUAAAAUGAGUAAAUGAAAACGUGUCCAUAGGAGUUAAUGGUAAGUGGGGUCUCUGUGGGUUGGGAAGUAGUUUUAAUGUAGAAGGAUGUAUUUACAAAUAAGUCUUUAAUUUCAAAGGAAUUUGAGGGGAAAAAUAUCCAUUGUGAAAAUAAAACAAUGACAUGGUUAAUCUGGAACUAUUGGUCUUAUGCCAGUAAAGGGAGUUACAAUAAAGAGGCUUCUCACAUA